UAUCUGAUAACGGUUUCCCUACUUUCACUUGACAUUUUCACUUACUGAGGAAAAAAAUGGCCAACGAAAAGUUAAUGAAAGGACAUAUUCUAGAUUUUGCCGCACAGAUGAAAAAGUUGGUGAACUGCAAAGACCACAGUGACAUCAAAUUUCUGAUAGGGCCAAACAGAAAACCGAUCUACGCUCACAGGUGCAUUCUCUCGACUCGAUGUGCCGUAUUCAAGGCUAUGUUCAAUGACCAGGCACAGAGGGGGGAGGGGGCACAGAAUGCCAAUGUGCCAUUUGUACUGACUGACAUCUCCCCAGAAAUUUUCACUGCCAUGAUGGAGUUUAUCUACACAAACUGUGUGACUCUCACACCAAAGAUUGCGAUUGACACCUUGGCAUCGGCUCUGGAAUAUGGACUGGAUGAACUUAGAAAGCUAUGUGGGGAUUUCCUCAUUGACAACCUCAGUGUACAGAAUGCAUGUGAGUGUAUGCAAGCUGCAGUGACGUAUAGUCAACAGGAGUUAAAGGAACACACCAUCCGCUACAUAGAGGAACACACCGAGAAUGUCUUCAAAUCCAAAGCAUUUCAAGAACUGGGAGAAGAUGCACUAAUAGAAAUUUUGAAGUCUGAUGAGCUGAUGGUAGAUGAGGCUGACAUCAUCAAGUAUAUCAAGGAGUGGGCCACUGUCAAUGCUGUGGUGCUUAAUAAGUCAAUGAGUGAGGUGGCCCGGAGAAUUGUCGGCCAUGUCCGGCUGGCCCUUCUAUCAGCAGAGGAGCUGGAGAAAUCCGAAAAAGACAACAAGAAAGACAACUUGAUACCAGUGGAGUGCUAUAGCGGAGCAUGGAAGUUCCAUGCCACCAAAAAGGGAGAUAAAUCUAAUCCUCUGUUGACAAAACGGAAGGGGACAACUGAGCGUGCUCACCAUCAAACCCUGGAGUAACCAAUCAAAACUAAGCUACACCGGAAAGCCCAGUCCAGCUAGAUAUUAUAGAAAGGCUUACUUUUUUUCCGUGGGAAUUCUCAUUUUAUGCCAGUGCUUGCAUUGAAAUUGAACCUUUUUCGAAAGCUCACUGUGAUAUACAUUGAUGUGGUAUCUAAAUAUUUAACCUGAUUGGGCAGAGUCAAAAGAACAGAUGAUUUUGAAUGGAGUUAUCUCUCCAUUACACGAGCUAGGAAAGUACCAGUGUAAAAAAUAUUACUUUUUUUUUUUUUACAUCCAUCUCAAGCAUUAUAAAGGGCAUUUACAACAUGAUGGAUUACGUCAGUUUUCACUUGAAACGCUGAUGAAAUAUUAGUAUUAGAUAUAACUUGAAAUCAUGUGUAAUAUAAAUUAAUCUUUAUAUUUGAUGCAUGUAAAAUUAGUUCAUGAUUAUAAGUAAUGAAAUUUGUUUUUCAAAAUGAUGUUAUACAAUUUUUUUUUAGAGUAACCUUUCAGACAACUAAAGUGUCAGUGAUUGGUUUUAACGUGUCAUUACAAAGGUUUCGCUAUACUUUAAAAAAAACAAAUUAACACCCAGAAGACAGGAUGGGGAAAGUUUUUUCUGUUCUAACUUAGUAUCAUAAUUUUACUCCGAUCUUAAUUUCGACCCCCCCCCCCCCCAAUGGUUUUAAAAAAUAAUUUCUUGAGAUUUUUUAUGGUAUACAUAUAAUUUUGUGAGUGGGCAUAUCGGAAACGUAACUGUUAUUUUUGGCUUGACCCCGCCCAGUGAAGUUAUAUGAUCCAGGCAAUAUGGACGUUCAUUUUCAGUCUGUGACAAUGUACAAUGGAAACAAUGAAAUAAAAUUCGCUGGUCGAGAUGUAGUUAACACACGUAAGUAAUUGAUUAAAGUAACACUUAAUUUAUGGAGAAAAGAGUCAGCUAAUGUUAGAAAUUUAAUUAGAAAUUGCAUUGAUUAACACGCUAUUAUCACAAAGUGUUUGGACAUCAACCUUGCUUGACAUGUCCUUUAAUUUUUCCUCGCUAUAAAUACGCAUCGAUUCAUUGGUCUGUGCAUUGUAACUUGUACUGUUAUAUAAUGUCAAACGAGAAACUUUCAGAUAAUAUUAUGAUGUCGGAAAUAUACUCUUGGACUGUUGAUAAUUUGGUUUCUUUUAUUAUUAUUAAUAUUUUAACUUUGUUUCAUGUGUUUACAUAUUACCAUGCCAUAUACACACGUGUAUUUUUAUGUACUUAUCAUUCACAUCUUAAUAAAUUGUUAUUCUCACC